ACCAGGGGCAGACUGACCAUGUGGAAACUCAAGCACUGCCAGAAGGCCCGGGGUCAGUAGGGGGCCCCAUGAGAUGCCCCUGGUACCUUUUUCAUAGGCUUUUUUGAGUUUGGGCAAGGACACAGGGGCCCCAUGAUCCCCUAUUGCCCGGGGGCCCCAUGAGUUAUCAGUCCGCCCCUGAUAUGGACUGCACUCUUGUUCCACUACUCGUGCCCAUCAUUGGUGUCAGUGGGGGGAAUAGUGCCCCAUCAUUGGUGUCAGUGGGAGGAAUAGUG